GCAUUGUGACUGAAUAACAUCGUUUCCAAAACAUGUAAUAUUUUUUUUUUCUAUGCAACUCCUGCAGAGCUGAUAACAUGGACAGCUGUAGUUUAAGCGAAAAAUGUUGUAAAAGCAUCUUAAAAUUGUUUUAAUUCGAGACCAUCUAUCCACCUCUUGUUUUUAUGGAUAAGUUUGUGGUUGCUGGCGGAUUUUUUUGCUUCGCUGCUGAUGUGUGCGCGAUUUCUGCCCUUUGCCAGCCGCUCUGGGUGGUUAAUGACUUCUCAGGUUCUGUUCAUCUUGGUCUGGUGGUCAUGUGUCAAAAGUCACAGGGACAGCCAGAGGUAUGCGUCUCGCCUGACCUGCCCAACGAGUGGAUGGCAGCCCUAAUCUUCAUCAUUCUGGGAGUCAUGCUCUUGACAACGGCAUGUUGUCUGUUGGUGUCAUCGCUAUGGAAACCACACCUCAUGUCUCCUGCAAGGUGGAUUGCAUUUUUUGGAAUGAUUGUGUUCUGCCUUGCCGCGCUGACCUUCCCAUUAGGAUUCCACAUGCCAGAGAUAGGAGGACGGGCCUUCAAGCUUCCAACAGGGACUAAUGUAGGACCUUCCUUCUUUCUCUUUAUCAUCUGCAUCGUACUGACCAUCACAUCUGAACUCUUCAUCUUCAAAGUGUGCCCAUUGCUUCUAAGAUGACCUUUACGCAAUGCAAUGUUUAGUUUCAGUCCUUGUAAGGAAUCUCAUAAAAUGCUAUUUUUGUAAGAAAUUAUAACUAACAUUGCAUAGCAUUCUACUUUCAUUGUGAUCUUUGAAGCUUUUUACAGGGUAUAGCUUGGGUUUGAAAACUUCUAUACAUAGAAACUAACAAGCAUGUAUUAAGCUUUUGCACAUAGUAAGGACUGGAGUGUAAGGAUAACAUAACCCCCCAAAUCUACAACUACUGUGAAUAAAAAAAUUCAGUUGUAUUUGAAGGAGGGGUUUUGUGUGGCCAGCUCAAUUUUGUUCAAGAAAUGUAUAAUUUCUAGUAAUAAAAUAGGAAGCCAUGAAA